UUUAGGGGAUUUUGUGACCCCAAUUUGGGCCUCCAGCGGGUUUGGGUGACUGCGAUGACGUCACGGGGCUUCGCGUUCUAGCGCGUCGCAACCCCCAGACUCUAUUGCUUCCCCGCACACGUCCAUGGCCAGGAGCUUAUCGCUUCCCCAUUCUUCCCCUACAUCACAGUUUCCCAUUGCCGGUCGCGAGUGCCGCUCUUCUAUCUCACCUCGCUCGCGACAAUGGCACCCCAGAAACGCCAGUACGGCGAUCUUGGGAACGAAAGCUCACCCUUCAAUUCACCACAGAACGCGUACUCGUCUUCGUCCACGCGCUAUACGAACACAUCCUCGUCGCAAGGAUACGCGAAUUCGUCGCCGUCACAGCAAUACGCUCGCGCGCCAAAGCAGCCCCGUACCGCACAAAAUACAUACCCUUCGCGAACAGCAACCGGCUCUUCCCAGCACGACGCUCUAGUCAUUGAUAGUGAGGGUGACGAAGACGCGUCGCAAGAAGUAUCGGACUCGGCACAGGGCUAUAAUGAGCAUCAGCACAGCUACAGCCUCUACGGCAUGCUUCCUAACAAAAUCGUAGGCGUCCGAUACUACAAUGGCUACGCAACAGUAGGAGAGAUGGUCAUCUGUAGGCGCGAGCCUCAGAAUCGGUUCGACAGUAAUGCGAUCCAGGUUUUGAACGUGCAAGGAGAGCAGAUUGGCCACAUACCGAAAACAUGGGCUGCGAAACUGGCAAAGUACAUGGACAACCGCAGCCUUCUGGUGGAGGCGCACAUCACCGGGCCCAAGGGCAUGUUCGACUGCCCUAUCGAGAUCAGACUCUAUGGCACGAACGAGCCAGUUGAGCGUGAGAACCUCCUGGCUCAGCUGAGGGAGGACAAACUGCCAGUCGGACACGCAGCUGAUCGCAAGCGCAAAGAAGCGGCGGCGCAGAAGGAGAGGCAGCGUUUGGCCAAAGAGGCUGCGAAGAGAGCGAAGAAGAACGGCGGUGCUGUUGUUGGUGUGGACGAAGGCCAGAACUGGGAGAAUGGUAUGAGCGAAUACAUGGCUGGCUCAUCGCAGUCUGAUGGUAUGGGCCAAGGACCCAGCCUGGAGGACAUCAUUGGCGGCAGUGAGCGCUUCAACCCCAGGAAUUUUGAGAACGUGGUUGAGGAGUUUGGCGUCAAGGAGCAGGACCUGGCCGCUAUGCCCAAGGCAGCUCAGCCUGAAGCCCUUCAGACUGAGAUGCACCCCUUCCAACUUCAGGGAUUGCAGUGGAUGUUGGACAAAGAGUCUCCACAGCUACCGGCUCAGGGCACCAAGGACGUCGUCCAGCUCUGGCAGCGCCACUCUCGUAUGCCUAAUGCCUUCACAAAUUUGGCUACCAACUACUCGGUCACCAACCCCAAACUGGCCUCUGGAGGUAUUCUAGCAGACGACAUGGGUCUGGGCAAGACGAUUCAGGUCAUUUCGCUCAUUAUGGCCGACAAAGAGCUCGGUCGCCGAUCGCCUGAUGCAGCUGAUGCCACGCUCAUCCUCGCGCCAGUCUCUGUCAUGAGCAAUUGGAGCACGCAGAUAAAGAGGCACAUCAAGCCAGAACACGCCCUCCGAACCAUGUUCUGGCACGGUACGCGCAAGGAGCCUAUCACGCCCAAGCAGGUCGAGAACUACGAUGUGGUCAUCAGCACAUACGAAUCCAUUUCAUCAGACUGGUACUCACAAAAGAGCACAGCUCUGCCAAGGAAAUCAGGUCCCUUCUCGAUUACUUGGAGGCGUGUCAUCCUCGACGAAGGUCAUAACAUCCGAAACCCCAAAGCCAAAAAGACUGUGGCCAUCAGCAACCUCCUGACUCAGUCACGCUGGACACUAACAGGCACACCGAUCAUCAACAAUCUCAAGGACCUCUACAGUCAGGUCCGCUUCCUGCGCCUUUCUGGUGGCCUCGACUCCUUCGAGAUCUUUCACGGGGCCAUCUCACGUCCUGUUCUGGCUGGUGACCCACAAGGAAACAAGGCCCUACAGCUGCUCAUGGGCGACAUCUGCUUGCGACGCAAGAAGGAAAUGUCGUUCAUUGACCUUCGUCUUCCUGAGCUGUCGGAGUAUGUCCACAAAUUCAAGCUCCAUCCACAUGAGCAAGAGAAAUAUGAUGCACUUGAAGCACAAGCGAAGGGUACUCUUGACAUUUACAAGAAGAAUAUCGGCAACCAAAAGGCUUUCGAUACCUACCGCCACCUCCUUGAAGUCCUCCUGCGUAUGCGUCAGCUCUGUAACCACUGGCAGUUGGUCGGCGAGGAGCGACUUGAAUCGAUCAUGAAGCAGCUCGAAGCCGAAGGCGUUGUCGACCUCACUGCAGAAAACAAGGAAGCCUUACAAAAGAUGCUCCAGCUCUCCAUCGACUCGCAAGAAGACUGCCCCAUCUGCUUCGAUACAUACAAAGACCCAGUUAUCACCAAAUGCGCACACACAUUCUGCACGCCCUGUCUGGAGCGCGUCAUCGAACUGCAAGGCAGAUGCCCCAUGUGCCGCGCCGAACUCGAAUCCUUCGGUUCCACAACCGUCAAACCUGCCGUCGAGACCUCCGCAAAACCCGAACCCACCGCCGAGUCCGAGGCAGACAAAGCCUCCCUCGAGAAGAACACAAGCAGUAAAGUCGAGCAACUCCUCCAAAUCCUCGCCGCCAGCGCGAAAGACAAGACAAACAAGACCAUCAUCUUCAGCCAGUGGACAUCCUUCCUCGACCUCAUCCAAGUCCACUUAGCCUCCGCAGGCUACAAAUACACACGCAUCGACGGCUCCAUGAGCGCCGUAACCCGUGACGCCGCCCUCGAAGCGCUCGACAAUGACCCAGACACUACCAUCAUGUUGGCCUCUCUGUCCGUCUGCUCCGUCGGCCUCAAUCUAGUCGCAGCCAACCAGGUCAUCAUGGCAGACAGCUGGUGGGCGCCCGCCAUCGAGGACCAAGCCGUCGAUCGUGUGCAUCGCUUAGGGCAGAAGAGGGAGACUACUGUGUUCCGACUCGUUGUUGAAGAUAGUGUUGAGGAGAGGGUGUUGGGGAUCCAGAGUGAUAAGAGGAUGUUGAUGGCUAUAGCGUUUGCGGAGAAGGAGGGCGGGAGGAAGAAGAAUGUCCGCAGUGGUGGACUGGGUGAUCUGACGAGGUUGCUUGGAGAGGGUGGUGCAAGCGCAAAUGCGGGUGCGACCGCAAAUGCGAGUGGGAGUGGCAACGGUGGCAGCGGCAGUGGUGGUCGAGGGCGCAAGAAGUAAUGUGCGUGGUCAUAUAUGGCGAACAUGUGAAGGAAAAUAUGAGGAAACGAGUGAAGAAGGCGUUACGGUUGU